AAUCAGUGUUGCUUAUUUUUAGUAUAACUUUAUUUACUAUCAUAUGAUACCCCUUUUUACCUGAAAGCACAUUCUUCCGUUAUUUGUUAUUGAUAGGAUACCUAACCACGUCAGAGACACAGAUAUAUAUAGAUAUACAUUUAUUACUACAACACAACUACUUUCUUAGCUACAUCCAUGACGUUACCAGUUCCUCAAACUUCGCCAAAAGACAAAAACAGCUUCGCAUUUGCUAGUGUUGCUCGCAGAUGGCCUGCAAUUAUCACCAAUGUGAUUGACGCCGUAUACCAAUCAAACGCUUUAGACAAAUCAGCGACAGCUGAUAAAUUAGAUGAUGGAAAGUUUAUCAUUCAAUGUCUUUCUAAACUUCGCCAUGAAAUGGGUAGAGAUCAGCCGUUAUCUCCAAUCGAUGAUCAAGCAGCAGCAAAUGUUAAUAUAUACAACGAUGAACUUAAGCAUUUAGAAACUAUAGGUGAUAAUACUUGGUUUACUGCCCCAUGGCUCUUUGCGGAAUGUUACAUGUAUACCAGGAUCAGAAGUUACUUUAGUAACAGCAAGUACUAUCAACAAUAUGACCCAUUCAAGAAGCAAAAGGAUGAUACCUUCAGAUCAUCCAAAGUUUCAGUUUAUCAAUUGGCAAAAGCUCAACAACAACUUGUCAAAGGCAUAACGAAACCAACAGAAGUAGAUGAAAGUGUAGAAAUCAUGUUCAUGGAAAUGCUCCAAAUGUGCUUAUGGGGCAAUGCAACCGACCUCAGUUUAUUAGUUGAUCUUGACUACGGUGACGUCCAAAAACUCCAAGCUGUAGGCAAAAAAGCACUGGAGGAGAGCUUUAAAAAGAUCAUAAAGAAUGAUAUUCCAACUUUGUGGAAUUAUUUAUCUUCAAAGAGAGGUGGUAGAAUCGAUUUCGUACUUGAUAACGCUGGUUAUGAGCUAUACACCGAUUUCAUUUUGGCUGACUACAUUGUCAACUGUACACCAUUCGCUGAUGAGAUCGUCUUUCAUCCAAAGACCAUCCCAUGGUUCGUUUCUGAUGUCUUACCGAAAGACGCACCUGAACUGAUCGAUCAGCUUAUAAACGCUUCAGACUUUUUCCAAGAGCGUAACGACGAUGUGGUUGAACUUGGCCAAAGAUGGAAGAAACUCUUCGAUCAAGGCAUUUUCAAGAUGUCAGUCCUUCCAACGUAUCAAUUAGGUGCUCAAUCCAAUGCCGAUUUCUGGUGUACACCAUACAGCUACCCUCAAAUGACAGAGAAAGCACCUCAACUUGUCCAAGAGCUUAAACAAUCUAACUUGGUCAUUUUCAAAGGUGAUCUCAAUUAUCGCAAACUCACCUCAGAUGGUAUAUGGGAUCCAACCACAUCAUUCCAGGAAGCUUUGGGUCCUUUAUCCGGACAGUUUCCUUUAUUAAGCUUGCGUACUAAUAAAGCGGAUGUUAUUGUUGGUCUUGAUAAAGAUGUUGUUGAAAAAAUGGAGAAGGAGUAUCCAGAUUAUAGAAUUAGUGGUAAAUUCGCUGUUGUCUCAUUUGACAAAUAGUUGUAUAGCUUAUGGAUAUUACUUGAACUGUCUAAUUAACAGCUCUACUUCGCUUUCUUCUUAGUUAAAACCACAACUAUAUGGUAAAAGAUAGAUACAUUGUUAAACACGCAUACAUAUACCAAACAGUAGAAGGUAUGAACUUUAUAUAUGAUGAUGAAAUCGAAAUGUAUUGUUUAGACAAUACAAGAGCUUAAGUGCCCUGAACACUUUUAGUUAAAUCUUCGUCUAGCUCAUUAAAAUUAACAUGUUCCGCUCCUUGCAAAGAAGAUACAUCCGCUGAACUCAUGAAUUGUUCAAUCUUAUAGUCGUACAUCAUAGUGUUCAGGUCGCGGUCUCUUCAAUACGACUUACAUUGUUGAAGGGGGGCUUGAUGGUGUAUCUUGUUGAGUUAUCGAAUCCCAGUUAACUCUUACCAUAAACCUUACAGGGAAUAUCUAAAAGCUCCAUUGUUUAGUGAGUGUUGCAAUUUAUUUAUGUCUAAGUCGCGUCACCCAUCUGCUCUCUUUGAAAGAUGCUUUCCAAAGAAGACAAUCGGUUGAACCACGUUAUUAUCAUCUCCUGACAUCCUAAAGGUUGCUUAUUCCUAUAUUUAUGCCUAGCUCUUCUCUGAAUCAAAUCUCUGGAGGCGAAGGAGCCAGUGAGGAUAACAACAAUGCAACAAAAUAUUCUUCCAGUGAAACAAAACAAGCAGUUCCUGCAAGCCCUACAGUUGAUCACAGUAUAAUCAGAUUUAUUGUUAAGCAGCUGUACAAAUGUAGGCCACCUCUUAUCUAUUUCAUACCUGGGUCUAGUUACCAGUCCCAUUGGCUUUGCUGUAGCAGUAAAGGUCAAAGGUACCAUAUUUAAGCCUAAAGUAAAGAGACAUGAGCAGGCGAAUUAAAGCCCCUAAUAACAAAAACUUGGCUGGGUUUCAGACCACUUCUUGCUGUUG